AUGGGGCGAAUGGAUCCGCUGUUUCGUUUUGACGGUGAUGACGAUAACGAGGAUGGAGGGGAGGUUGCGGCGUGGGAUUUCAAGGGCGCGGGGAAGACUCUUGCGGAGGAGUUCAAGGAGCGAAAAACAACGUCCGUUGAUACCAAGAUCGAGAUGAUCCGACGGCGGAGAGCGAUGGGGCUUGGGAGCACGAAGAGAGGGAGAGAAGGGGAGGACGAGGAGGAGGAGGAUGAAGAGGAGGAAGAAGAGGAGGAAGAGGAGGAGGAUGAGGAGGAGGAUGAGGAGGAGGAAGAGGAGGAGGAAGAGGCAGAGGAAGAGGAAGACGAAGCGGAGGAGGAGGAAGAGGAGAUGGAAGAGGAGGAAGAAGAGGAAGAGGAAGAAUUGGAAGAGGAAGAGGAGGAGGAGGAAGAUGAGGAGGAGGAAGAGGAAGAGGAGGAAGACGAAGAGGAGGAGGAGGAAAAUGAGGAGGAAGAGGCGAGCCACAGGAAGACAAAGAAGGAGCCCAAAAUAAAAGAUAUCGAAAAGGCACCCAAGGCGAAAGCCAGGCGAGAAAAGGAAGGUGCAGGAAAGGGCGAAGGCGGGGAAGGGGGAGGCGGAGGGGGAGGCGGGGGGGUGUAUUUCGAGGGGGCGGAGGAGGCAGGGGCGCGGUUCUCCGCGUCGUCCUUCUCAGAACUGCAGCUGUCGCGGCCGCUGCUGCGUGCGUGUGCUGCCCUGAGGUAUGACAAGCCCACGCCCAUCCAGGCGGCAUGCGUGCCGCUCGCCAUGGCAGGGAGGGACAUCUGUGGCAGUGCAAUCACUGGCUCUGGCAAGAACUGCAGCUGUCACCUCCAGGCAGCAUGUGUGCCGCUGGCUAUGGCAGGUUGGGAUAUAUGUGGGAGCGCCAUCACAGGAUCAGGCAAGGUGCGUGUUGCUCUCUCGUUGCUCGUGCUGCUCCCGCGCUGCGCCUGCUCUCCCCAUAUUGGAGGCCUGCUGAUUCGCCCCAAGCGGGUGGCGGCCACUCAUGAGGCGCCUAGUGGUAAGACUCUCCCUUCCUGCCUCUGCCCCUCCCCGCCCACACAGACCGCGGCCUUUGCCCUGCCCAUAUUGGAGCGUCUGCUGUUCCGCCCCAAGCGCGUGGCCGCUACUCGUGUGCUCGUGCUCACCCCGACAAGAGAGCUGGCCGUGCAGUGA